AUGAUACCCGUCACACAACGUCCGGCUGGGAGCAGUGGAAGGCGACAAGCCGUAACAGAGCCAUCUGCGUCGCGGGUAGUGAGCAAACCCAUACCGAGCUCGCAGACACAAGAUCCGAGAAAGUAUCAAAUCGAACAGCUCAAGCGCCGGUUUUCUGCGCAGGUCUCUACACUGCAAAAUGGGACUACAAAUGUAUCAUUCCACCUGAAGCCUUCAGAUCCCGAUUUUCCCUUUGAAUUGGACUAUCUGGAUUGUGAGAUACAAGUUCCGAGAUCGUACCCUGAGGAUGCCCCUUUACUUCGGGUGAAGAACAAGGAGAUUCCUCGGGGUUUCAGUCUAAACAUCGAGAAGGGCUGGAACCAAUUAGUCGAGGACAAGCCGGGUGCGACACUGCUCGCGUUGACCAAUGCCCUCGACAAAAGCCUCGAGUCAUUCUUGGCCGAGCAGAAGUCGGACACGGUAACUCUCAUGACUUUCAAAGAUACCAGGCAUCUGGACACUUCGGCUAUGAACUUGGGCGCCAGCGCAUCUUUACCGGCAAGCUCUGAGCCAAAACCAACACCGGUCCAAGUCCCUAGAAGCCAUGUUUUCGAGGAAUCCUUCACGAGGGAGCAGAUUGAAGAGGCCAGAGCGAGACGUGCCCAGGAAACAAGGCAGUUGGAGUCGCGGAUGGGCCGAAUGUCUUUAUUCCACAAGUCCGCCGAUGGCAUUGUGUACAACCUACCGCUGACCCCCAAGCGCCGCUUGGAGCUGCCGACGGAACUUCAAGCCAUCAACUCCGUCCAGCUCAUUAUCCCUCUGCUAUACCCACUACAGUCUCCAAGAAUUCUUCUCAACGAUGUGGAGUCUCAAGACGCCGAGCAGUUGGAGGAGGCUUUUGCCGCCAGAGCUUCUCAGCAGAGCCAGAUGACGCUGAUGAGCCAUCUCAACUACUUGACUCAGAAUAUCCAUUUGCUGGCAAAGUCUGCUCAGACCUCCGCGAAACAGCUCCCGUUAGUGGUGCCCGAUGGUCAGCCAGAACAGGCGGAUGCCAAGUCAGGAAUGCCCAGCAAUUUUGGCAAGGACGACAAGCCGCAUGUUCAGGUUAUCUCUCGGCCUCCCGAGUGGACCUUCAUCGAUGCGUCCGAUGAUUCGGAUGAUGAUAGCAGCGAUGAUUGGGAUUCAGAUGGUUCCGAUGGCGGAGGAGCUGCUCUGGACAUCGGGGACAACAAUACGCAAGAGCGCAUGACUCAGCAGGUCGAAAGCGGUACUUCGAUCUCAUUUCCUUCCAUCGAGCUGUACGGCAUUGAAUUACUACAGGUUUCCAUACUCGGUAUCAAUGUCAAAUGCGAGCGGUGUAGGACUAUGAAUGAGGUCACCGGGCUGAAGCCAGGCAUCGAGAAAGGAGCCAGCUGCAAAAAGUGUGCUACGGCCUUUUCAAUCAAGUUCCGCCAAGAGCUGGUACAUCAAAACUCUGUUCGAGGUGGAUUCAUUGAUGUUGCCGGUUGUACAGUAUCCGACAUGUUACCAAGCACAUUUGUACCUACCUGCGGGAGGUGUUCAUCUCCUGGCCUAGGACUCGUCUCUGUCCGUGGAGAGGUGACCACCAAUGUCUGCCGAGAAUGCCACGGCAAGUUUACAUUCAAGAUACCAGAAGUCAAGUUCCUCGCCAUCACACGUGGAGCAGUACCACUUUCGACUGGGCCACGACGACGACAGGAGAAAUUAGGGCUCCAUGCCGGCGACCCGCUACCAGAUCGAGGAGCUUGCUCACAUUACAAGCGGUCCUACCGAUGGUUCCGCUUCUCGUGCUGCAGCAAGGUGCACCCAUGCGACAAGUGUCACGACCAGGCUGAAGACCACAUCAACGAGUGGGCGAACCGCAUGAUCUGCGGAUGGUGCAGUAGAGAACAGAACUAUGCUGUCGAAGCCUGCGGUUUCUGUGGAAGGAGUGUUAUUGGCAAGAAAGGGCGCGGUUUCUGGGAGGGCGGCAAGGGAACGAGAGACAAGACCAGGAUGAGCCGCAAGGACAAGAGAAAGUUCCGUCGUGUCGGAGGUACUGAGGCCAAGAAGAAGGACUGA